UUGCGGCCGGAGCAGGAAGUGGCUUAGGAUCUAUUGUUUGCCGUUGCGGACACCUGGAAGAAUUUCGGCCUCUCCUAACUGAGCCAUGCAUUCUGAGCAGGCAGUGCUCUGGUACCGGCGGAUGUCUAUGGUCUACGCAUUCGGCGCCUGGUCGUUGCUAGGCUCAGCGAUUUUCCUUACAUGGAAACGGAAAUUAGUCUAUGAAGAUGGAGAGGAUGACUCAAGGAAUGAAGCACCUCUUUCUACAAGUGAAGACUCUGAUUUAGCAAUGGGAAUGGCUAAGCCUAGUGAAGGGUUUUAUGUGAAAACGGUUUAUAACUAUUCAGAAAGGCCAGUCAGUCAGAGGAUUCUGACCUAUCUGAAGUCAUGGAUUGGUGGUCCUGGCCCGCAAUCGUGAACAGCUGCUGAAUUCUGAAAACAAGGACUUGGCUCAGUAUUUGACAGAUGCCUUGAUUUCCAUUUCAUAAAUAAAAUAUAUCUUUAAAAAAAAA